AUGGCCACCAACGGCUCUGUCAAGGUCCUCGACCACACCACCGCUCUGGAGGUGCUGGGAGAGUACAAGUCUCGCGAUGGCCUCGACAGACAAGAGCUUAUGGACACGGCCAAGCACGGUGGCCUGACCUACAACGACUUCCUCAUCUUGCCUGGCUACAUUGGCUUCCCUGCCUCCGAGGUCACUCUCGACUCGCCCAUCACCAAGCGCAUCACGCUCAAGACUCCCUUCGUCUCCUCCCCCAUGGACACUGUCACAGAGCACGAGAUGGCCAUUCACAUGGCUCUGCAGGGCGGUUUGGGUGUUAUCCACCACAACUGCUCUCCCGAUGCUCAGGCCGACAUGGUCCGCAAGGUGAAGCGUUACGAGAACGGCUUCAUCCUCGACCCUGUUGUCAUCAGCCGUGACACCACCGUUGGCGAGGCCAAGGCUCUUAAGGAGAAAUGGGGCUUCGGAGGUUUCCCAGUCACCGAGGACGGAAAGAUCGGCUCCAAGCUCCUUGGUAUUGUCACCAACCGAGACAUCCAAUUCGAGGAUGACUUCAACGCACCAGUCUCCAAGGUCAUGGUCACUGAGCUCAUCACUGCCCCCGCUGGUGUCACCCUUCUCGAGGCCAACAAGAUCCUGUCCCAGUCCAAGAAGGGCAAACUGCCCAUCGUGGACAAGGACUUCAACCUGGUUGCCAUGAUCUCCCGCUCCGACUUGACCAAGAACCAGCACUUCCCUUUGGCUUCUAAGCUUCCCGAUAGCAAGCAGCUCAUCUGCGCUGCUGCCAUUGGCACUCGCCCAGAGGACAAGAUCCGUCUGCAGAAGCUUGUUGAUGCUGGUCUUGACAUUGUCAUCCUUGACAGCUCCCAGGGUAACAGCAUGUACCAGGUGGAAAUGAUCAAGUGGAUCAAGGCUGAGUUCCCCAGCCUGGACGUCAUCGGCGGUAACGUCGUUACCCGCGAGCAGGCUGCCAGCCUCAUUGCCGCCGGAGUUGACGGUCUUCGAAUUGGUAUGGGCAGUGGUUCAGCCUGUAUUACCCAGGAGGUCAUGGCUGUUGGCCGACCUCAGGCCGCUGCCGUCCACGCAGUCAGCACCUUUGCUGCUCGUUUCGGCGUGCCCUGCAUUGCCGAUGGUGGUAUCCAGAAUGUUGGCCACAUUGCCAAGGGUCUUGCUCUCGGUGCUUCCAGCAUCAUGAUGGGUGGUCUCCUGGCUGGUACUACCGAGUCUCCCGGUACUUCUUUCGUCUCGCGCGAAGGCAAGCUGGUCAAGGCUUACCGUGGCAUGGGCAGCAUUGAUGCCAUGCAGGACAAGAAGGCUGGUGGCGGUGGCAAGGACAGCCAGAAGAGCAACGCCGGUACUGCUCGUUACUUCUCUGAAGGCGACAGUGUCUUGGUUGCUCAGGGUGUCUCCGGUUCCGUGGCUCACCGAGGAUCUAUCUCCAAGUUCGUCCCCUACCUUGCUGCUGGCCUGAAGCACUCCAUGCAGGACUGCGGCAUGCGCAGCUUGAAGGAGCUUCAGGACUGUGCUACCAACGGUGUGUUGCGAUUUGAGCUUCGCACUGCCAGCGCUCAGUUGGAGGGCAACGUCAACAUGGAGUCGUAUGAGAAGAAGCUCUACGCAUGA